AUUUAGAUUGGGCAUUUUGCAAAAGUAGUGAAAAAUUAAUUUCAAUUUCAUGAUUCGAUAUAUUGAGUGGAAUAAUAAUUCAAUUAUACUUCGUGAUUAUAUCACAUUGUUUACAAAAAAAAAUGUUGGUAUUAGUAUUAUAAAAUUAUUAACACUGAUUGUGUUGGUAAUUCGUUUCGUUUGGCUGCUGCGCAUGCGUGGAGUGGAUGCGUGCGUUGCGUUUGAUGUUUUUAUUUUGGAGUUUGGACGCUUGUGUCUAGAUAUUUAAAAUGAGAUUGUUUAAUUUAAACAAUUAACCUAGUGCUUUUCAAAAUCAUUCAACUGUGCUAUCGGUAUUCAAAUAAUACAUUCAAACUCCAGCAGCAAGGAUUUCAGUAUUCUAUUUUACCAGAUUGAACAAUGCCGAAGUAUUAUUGCGACUACUGUGACACGUAUCUUACCCAUGACUCGCCAUCAGUCCGCAAGACACAUUGCCAAGGCAGAAAGCACAAGGACAACGUCAAGUUCUAUUAUCAGAAAUGGAUGGAGGAGCAAGCUCAGCAUCUAAUCGACGCGACCACGGCCGCAUUCAAGGCUGGCAAAAUCCCAACAAACCCCUUCGCUAGUGCUAACAAGGGUGGCGGAGUGGCGAUACCUCCCCCGGCCAAUCUACAAGGCAUGCCACCUCGACCCGGACCCCCUCAACCGGGCCCCCCUGGCCCCAUGCUUGGGCCACCUAGCAUGCCCCCUGGAAUGGGCCCUCCAAUGAUGAUGGGGCCCCCUGGCCCCAUGCCGCCCAUGAUGGGUAUGCGACCACCAAUGAUGGGCCCUAUGCCGGUACCAAUGGGACCUAUGGGACCCAUGGGACCUGGGCCAAUGAGACCUCCGUUACUCGGUCCAAUGCCUCCACAGGGUGUUAAAAAAUAGUGAACUGUAUUGUCAUUCUACCCAAAUACUGAUAUAUUUUGAUAAUAUAGUUUUCUCUUUCGAAUGACGCUCAUUUUAUCGAAACUUAUUCUAGGAAAUGAGUGUUUCUAUCAAGGUUUGAAAUUAAAUUAUUCAAUUCUACUAUGAAUCAUAAUCCAAGUUCAAUACUCGACGUUGUGUUACAAUAACUAUUAAAGUUCAAUACCGGCUAUUUUGUGUGUUUCAUGAGUGGUAGCCAUGUGACAAAAAUUUUAUAAAAAAGUGAUACUUUGAACUGAUGUUUUUUAUCAAUGUUUAUUCCCAAUUAAUAAUGAUAUCAAACUGUCAUAUUACUGAAGUAGAAUGAUAAGUGUUCCAUAGCAUACUAUUAACAUUCUAUACCAGUUGCUGUUUUUCAUAUUGUAAGAAUUAUUAAAAUUAGUCAUAAAUUUAUUUAUAAAAUGUC